AUCUUCUUGAGAACUUACCUGAAAAGGAUGAUAUACAAGAAUAUUUUCAAUUAAUUAAUUUUAAUGUUUCUACUGAAGAAAAUCUUACUGAAGAACAAAUUACCAAUUUAAUACAAUCUGAAGAAAAUGAAGAAAGUGAUAGUGAUGAAGAAGAAGAAAUAUUAUCAGUAUUGGUUAAAGAUGCAGUUAGUAGGUUGGAAACAUUCAUUAAAUAUUUUGAACAACAAGAUAAUAACUCUGAAUUUAAUGUUGAUGAUUUGCUAAUUUUUAGAAAAUAUUUACGAAUGUCUAAAGUAAAGCUCCUCAUAGGCCGAGCUGAGCUGAACCUCAUAAAACUCAGGCCGAGCUGA